AAUUCUCAUAAGACAUCCCAGGGAUCGCCAUUUUCUAAGCGUCUAGUGAUUGUUUGAGAAACGCUUUCGGGCUAGUGUUUUUACCAGGAUAGUACCUUAAAUUUAGGAAAGUUGAGUUAAAAUUAUAAAUUAGCACCGGCCGGUAUGGGUGAUUAUCAAGUUACAAAUGUACAACAAGAUACUCUGGGAAGUGUUCAACUGGAACUCGGAGGAAAUCCAAAUGCUUUAGCAUUGCGGCGGCCUUUCGACCCUUUGGCUCAUGAUUUGGAGGCUGGUUUUAGGUUGACGCGAUUUGCAGAUUUGAAAGGAAGGGGUUGUAAAGUUCCACAAGAAGUUUUGAAUAAGUUGGUCGAAGGACUGCAGCAAGACUUCAAUACCGCAGCAGAUCAUGAACAUGCCCACUUUAUGCAUAUGGCCAUUCCAAGAAUUGGAAUCGGCUUGGACUGUUCCGUUACACCACUUCGUCAUGGGGGAUUAUGUUUGGUGCAAACAACAGAUUUCUUCUACCCACUUGUGGACGAUCCUUACAUGAUGGGAAAAAUAGCUUGUGCAAAUGUUUUGAGUGAUCUGUACGCUAUGGGGGUUACAGAAUGUGACAAUAUGUUGAUGUUAUUGGGUGUAAGCACUAAAAUGACAGAAAAGGAGAGAGAUGUUGUUAUUCCAUUGAUAAUGAGGGGAUUCAAGGACUCUGCUUUAGAGGCAGGAACUUCCGUAACUGGUGGACAGACAGUUGUGAAUCCUUGGUGCACUAUAGGAGGUGUUGCCACCACUGUCUGCCAACCAAAUGAAUAUAUAGUACCAGACAAUGCAGUUGUUGGAGAUGUAUUAGUUCUCACAAAACCUCUUGGAACACAGGUGGCAGUGAAUGCCCACCAGUGGCUGGAUCAGCCAGAACGUUGGAAUCGCAUCAAGUUGGUCGUAAGCGAAGAAGAUGUACGAAAAGCCUAUCAUAGAGCUAUGGAUUCUAUGGCCAGGUUGAACCGCAUUGCAAGCAGAUUGAUGCACAAGUAUAAUGCCCAUGGUGCAACAGACGUUACAGGUUUUGGACUCCUGGGUCACGCCCAAACCUUGGCAUCCCAUCAGAAAAAUGAAGUUUCAUUCGUCAUCCACAAUUUGCCAGUUAUUGCAAAAAUGGCCGCCGUAGCCAAAGCUUGCGGAAACAUGUUCCAACUUCUUCAAGGACAUUCGGCAGAAACUUCGGGUGGUCUACUUAUAUGCCUGCCAAGGGAGCAGGCAGCUGCCUAUUGCAAGGAUAUUGAGAAGCAAGAAGGGUAUCAAGCUUGGAUUAUUGGCAUUGUAGAAAAAGGAAACAGAACAGCCAGAAUCAUUGACAAACCACGAGUGAUAGAAGUGCCAGCUAAAGAAUGAGUGAUUCUCAACAAGCAACAGAUAUUUUCUCUUGAUAUGACUUAGCUGUUGAUUUUAUAACCGCUUUCGUCAUAUAUUUGUAGACGUACAUCUAAAAUGAUUUUCAGUUCUUCCUAUUUGAAUCGGGAAACGGAAAUUGCGUCAUAUGUAUGAACAUUAUCAAAAGAAUGUUUUCGAAUGAGUUUAUCCUUAUUAUAAUUAGUUUGUAUGGUACUAUAAUAAAAAAGAUGUUCAUAUUUGGUAUUUUGUAUAGAAUUUUAAUUACAAGACUAUUUAAGAAACUUUA